AAUAACGAUUAUAACGAUAAGAUACUAAUAUAAUAUUUUUUCUUUCUGUUUCUUAUUUCUUCAAAUUCUGUAAAUAGUUUUUGUUUAGAUAAAUGGAGAUUCCGUGGUAAGUUUAUUAAGUCUCUAGACAUGUAACUAAAUCAAUUUCGCAUCACAUCUGCUUGCCAUCAUGAUUAUUAAAUAGCGUUCCGUGGCAGUGACAGAAAUUUAUAGUUACCUCAUUACCACCGUUUAGUGGUCGCUACUGUCUCACACUACGAGAUCAUUAAAAGCUUCUACCAGAAACGCACGUGCUUGCCAAGAUCCGCCCAAAAGUUUGCCCGAUUGGCUGGUCUCGCGGUGACGUUGUGAGCACGUGGCUUUGGGAUACCGCCUCAAGGAACGAAGAAUUUGACUUGAGUGCUAAAAAAAUAUUGUUGGACACCGUGAGUAACCGCGACAAAACAGUCGCUGGUUUCAACUCUAAUCCCUCGAACAGAUCAGGGGGUAUCAAUGUAACGAGCUUUGCUUUGGCGAUUUGUUCACUCGACAAUAGACACGGUUUUUUCUUAAUUAGACUUAAUUCAAAUAUAAUCGCAACACCGUAAAACUGUUAUAAAGAACGCUAUAGUAAAGUGCUAGAAUUCUAAAUAUAAAGUAAUAAAGUUUUAGUGAAAUUUUAUCUUGUUCGUUUUUAUGCGCCAGUCAAAUAUAAUGUAGUGCGGUCAAAUUGUUUGCACAAAUAGUGAGUGAAAGAUCGAAGAUAAAUAAAAAGAAUUAAGAAAUAUAACUUUUGAAGAAGUUCCGAUGUUGUUUCCGAUACCAGUUGAAGAAAACUAGCUUCAAUUUACUCAAAAUACUCUUUUUAAAAUAUAAGAAAGUUUAUAGAUGUUAUUGUGUGCGUGACAAUUGGCAAUAAUUCCGAAUAUUGUAUCUCGAUGAAACAUAUUUAAGAGAUGUCCGAUGAAUUUAAAAAAUCCGAUUCGAAGGAAGCGAACAACUCUGCAGAAAAGAUGAGAUGUUCUUUUAGUAUCGAUAGAUUAUUAGCACCAAGCAAAAAAGAAGAAGAAACAAAAUGUUCGCAACAGACAACCGAUUUAUUACUUUGCCAAGAAAAUAAUGAAUCAGAAACGAGAAUGCUUGUUGCACCCGAUUCAUCCAUGUCAAUGACGGAGGAAAUUGAGCUUGACGAUACCGACAUGGUAUGCUCGACAUCUCCUGAGCCAGAGAUGUAUUACGAAGCGUGCACCAGCAGUAGCGGCGCGAAUUCAACCACAAGUACAGACAGAGAUGGUCAGGAGAAAACCGCCGCAGCUAUUAGCGACGACGAUAGGAAGAAAAGGCCUCGCACAGCGUUCACUGCCGCACAAAUUAAAUCCUUAGAGGCGGAAUUUGAGAGAAACAAGUAUUUGAGUGUGGCAAAGCGACUGCAACUGAGUAAAAACUUGAAACUCACGGAAACGCAAAUAAAAAUAUGGUUUCAAAAUAGACGAACUAAAUGGAAAAGAAAAUAUACUAAUGACGUUGAAUUAUUAGCACAACAAUAUUACUCAAGUUUAGGAAUUCCAGCACCACGACCUAUUUUUGUUGGUGAUCGAUUAUGGUUUUUUAACUAUCCGGGACAACCACAACUAGGAGUACCAUUGCUCCCACAACAUUUAACACCGUUGCCAUUACCUCCUGCAUUACCCAUUGUUCAACCAUUGCCUAGUAAUUUAUCAGUGAGACAAACAUCUGUUUUUCCAAGUGUAUCGACCAAUCAUCUCCCGCACCAUCUUACUCAGAGAUUAGACUUCAGGCACCAUGAUCCUUAGUUUCGGAUUGACAAAAGUUAUAAAAAUUUACAUGAAUAUAAUAAAAACAUAACAUCCAUAAAUUAUAAGUAAAUCUGUAUGAUUAUUGAUUGACAUUUUUUUUAUAGUGUAUUUUUAUAAUGAGAACAUAUAGCGUAUACACGUGCAAAAUUAACUAAUUUGUUUGAAUUAAAGUAUAUUAUAAAUAAAAAUGAUACUUGUAAAGUAAGAUUUCUUUUCAAAAAAAACGAACAAAUAUUUACAUUUUGACAGUAAUGAUAAAUAUAAAUAAAUACACUACUGUAAAAUAUAUCUCACAAACCAUACAAUACACAUGUGAGAGGUGUUCAAAAUAACUCAUGAAAAUCAAAAUCGAAAAAUAGAGAUAGGGAGGAUUGGAAAAACAUCACGUAACUUUGCUUAAGUCACGCUUUAAAACAUGCGCAACAAAGUCGCGCUC